AUGUCCAGUGACCCUCUACCGUCAUCUUUCGAUGACAAUGCUGACUUCUACGAGGAGAACCGGUGGCAAAAGUUCUCUCGACGUCUGAAGGAAGAGCCAUUGAUCCCGCUCGGCUGUGCUCUCACAUGUAUGGCCCUUCUAGGAGCCACGCGGUCCAUCCGGGCCGGCGAUCACAACCGCACGAACCGCAUGUUCCGGGCCCGUAUCUACGCACAGGGCUUCACGAUUGUUGCUAUGGUGGCAGGUAGCAUGUAUUGGCAGACAGAUCGGCAGAAACGCAAGGAGUUUGAGGGCGUCAUUGCAGAGCGGAAGGCCCGUGAGAAGAACCAGGCAUGGAUCAGGGAACUUGAGGCGAGAGACGAGGAGGAGAAGGAACUCAAGGCAUUGAAGGAGAAGAAGAAGAGGCUGGCUCUUGAGAGG